AGUCCUCUCGGCUGUCUCGAGCUGAAUGGCUGGCAGUCCGCUGCUCCCCCGCCUCCGGCCCGGCAGCCACAGGUCGGAGGCUCCCGGCGUGGGCGCUCGAGGCCGGCAGGGGCGCCCUGCACCCUCCCGCGCCCUUCCCCGCCCUACGCUACUCCCUGCUGCUCUUCCCGCCACUCCCCUGGGCUUUGCGAUCUUCCCUACGCCCCCCGGGAAGGGGGCGCUGCGGCCACCGAAGACACCGCGGGAGCCACUUCUCCCUGUAGGCCCAACCCGCGAGAGCCUGAGAGUGGGAUCUGUUUACAUGGGGUACUAAUUAGUCUUUGAGGAAUCAUUCACCCACGUGCCAAAGUAAUUGUCCGUGUCAGGAAGGUAGGCGUGCCAAGCCGCGGCUCUGCGGAGAAACCACCACCACCGCGGCGGCCAGAAAUCCAACGCGCUCCAGAGCGUCCCCGGGUGGCCGGGCAGCACCAGGGACAGCGCCCGAGAAUCCACUGGGGACAGGCUCCUGGGCUUCCCAGCGUCGCGGGUAGAGGUACAGCUGCUCCGUGUGCCGCAGGCUCCAGAUUCUCGCCACCCCACCCCUCCCUCAGAAACUCGGACUGCUCUCGUCUGCCGUGUGGUUCUCUUUUCUUCCGAAAGGCCAGAGUCUUAUCUCUCAACUUCAAGUCCAGAGGACUUGCCCAGUCUCCUCCCCUUAAGUCAUUUCCACCAUCCUCAGGCAGCUGUGGGAAGCCGAGAGUCCUGGACUGCUCGUCCCGGUGCCAGGGCCGGCAGUCCCAGUCCGUCCGGUGCAGCAGUCCAGCGCAUUCCCCUCUCUCCCUCCCUCUUGCUCUCCCUCCCUUUCUGUCUUCGUCUCUUUCCUCCUCUACUGCUCCCUCCCUCUCUUGCCUCUUAAGUUUCCUGCACCGUGAAUCCAACUGUGCCAAGCCUUGGCUCCCGCGAACCAAUCCUGAGCGCGACCCGGGCACUGGGACGGCGACUCCGCCAAAGCUGGACGAGGCAGCUGGACCCGUCUGCGCUCGAGCAUGGAGACGGAGCGCCUGGGAGGGCACGUCCGGGGCGCUGGAGACGCCAGGCCCGAGUAGCUCCUCCAUGGAGCCUGCCUGGAGCUGUCCCUUCUCGCCGGUUUCACCCCAAGUCCUGUGCGGCUGCUGAGAGCGCUCCUUGCUCUGUAAAGUGGAUGUCAGGUGGAUCUAUGUUUUUGAAGGAACAAAGACUCAGAGAAGGCACCGCCAAGGAAGUUUGAGACGCGGGAGAAUGCAGGCUGCGUGCUGGUACGUGCUUCUCCUCCUGCAGCCCACCGUCUACUUGGUCACAUGUGCCAAUUUAACGAAUGGUGGAAAGUCAGAACUUCUGAAAUCAGGAAGCAGCAAAUCCACACUAAAGCAUAUAUGGACAGAAAGCGGCAAAGACUUGUCUAUCAGCCGACUCUUGUCACAGACUUUUCGUGGCAAAGAGAAUGAUACAGAUUUGGACCUGAGAUAUGACACCCCAGAACCUUAUUCUGAGCAAGACCUCUGGGACUGGCUGAGGAACUCCACAGACCUUCAAGAACCUCGACCCAGGGCCAAGAGAAGGCCCAUUGUUAAAACGGGCAAGUUUAAGAAAAUGUUUGGAUGGGGCGAUUUUCAUUCCAACAUCAAAACAGUGAAGCUGAACCUGUUGAUAACUGGGAAAAUUGUAGAUCACGGCAAUGGAACAUUUAGUGUUUAUUUCAGGCAUAAUUCAACUGGUCAAGGGAAUGUAUCUGUCAGCUUGGUACCCCCUACAAAAAUUGUGGAAUUUGACUUGGCACAACAAACUGUGAUUGAUGCCAAAGAUUCCAAGUCUUUCAAUUGUCGCAUUGAAUAUGAAAAGGUUGACAAGGCUACCAAGAACACACUCUGCAAUUAUGACCCUUCAAAAACCUGUUACCAGGAGCAGACCCAAAGUCAUGUAUCCUGGCUCUGCUCCAAGCCCUUUAAGGUGAUCUGUAUUUACAUUUCCUUUUAUAGUACAGAUUAUAAACUGGUACAGAAAGUGUGCCCUGACUACAACUACCACAGUGACACACCUUACUUUCCCUCGGGAUGAAGGUGAACAUGGGGGUGAGACUAAAGCCUGAGGAAUUAAAGGUCAUAUGACAGGGCUGAUACCUCAAAGAAGAAGGUCAUAUCUGUUGCCUGGAAUGUGUCUACACUGCUGCUGUUGUCAACUGGCUGCAAAUACACUAGUGGAAAACAAUCUGAUGUAAUUUCUGCCCAGUCAGCUUCAUCCCUCAGUAUAAUUGUAAAUCAUCACAGGUUUUGAAGUCACACCUGAAGACAUGCUCUCACAUAUAGAGGUACACAAACACACUGUCAUGCACAUUUCAGCUUGCAUCUGUCGUGAUUCCUGUUGAGAGGGCUUUCAUUGUCUGACUCAUAAUGGUUCAGGGAUCAACUAUCAUCAAACAGAAGGAUUAACUAGACGGAGAAUGUUUCUAACACUCGCUGUUAUGGAAAUCUCUUUUAAAGUCUUGAGUACAUGCUAAUCAAUAAUCCCCACUCAUGCAUUCCUACUGCUUGGAGUAGCUGUACUGGUAAAUACUACUGUAGGAGUAUCUGCUUGUUAAAAUGGAAAAAUGUGUCUUUAGAGCUCAGUAUUCUUUAUUUUACAAACACAACAAAAUGUAGUAACUUUUUUCCAGCAUACAGUAGGCACAUUCAAGGUGGUCCAAGAUGGCUCUUUUUUCUAUGAAAGGGGCCUGUUCUCAGUAAAGAUGGGCAAACAUUUGGAAUUUACAUGUGGGCAGACAUUGGUAUAACAACUUUCAUCACCAAUCAUUGGACUUUUGUGAAGUUGAGACCAGCUAAAACUGCUUAAAAUAAGUUCUGAUCAUUAUAUAAGAAGGGAAAUGCCUGGCAGACACCAUGUAAGUUAUAAGUGUCUGUCUUAUCUUUACUACACAUAUUGUAACAAAUUCAAUAUCCUAGUCUUCAUUUGUAUGAAUGGUUUGUAUUGUACAUAGUUUAACCAAGUGUUAUUUGAGCUGCUUAUUAAUAUUAACUUGUACUUGUCUCUCUGCUUGUUAUUGGUUAAGAAAAAAGGAUAUGAGGAAUUCAUUUUAUCAAUGUAGCUGUGAACUCCAUUAAAAAGACAAACUUAAUGUACAGAGCAUUUAUUCAGAUCAAGUAUUGUUGAAAGCUAUACAUAUACAACAUUACAGUCUGUCUGUAUUUAGAUAUUUUAUUUCUGGACAAAAUGAAAUGUACAUAAAAAUAAAACACUUAAAGUUGAGUUUCAAUAUGUACUUGUGUAAGAUGGUGAUUUAAAUGGUUCUGACAAGAAGAAUGUGCUGGAAUACAGUCAUGGCUUUGCAUCUCUAAAUUUGUACAGAACUAUCUAAACUGCUGUUAGUUGCCUAGUCAAAACAACUUAAGAGUUUCAAUCUGAAGCCUGGGGAAUUUGUGGCACAUAGAAUCGCACACAUUUUUGGUUUGCUGUCAUGCUAUUCAAGAAUACCAAAACUCAAUGAACAUAAGGAUAUAAUUGAGGUCUCCUAAAUUAAUUAUAUGUAGUUGAAUUAUUUCCUGACCAGUCUUUAUUUAGCAGAAGAAAAGAAGUGAAGGCAUUCUUUUUGCUUUAAAAGAGUCAAGAUGCCUGAAGAUUGUGGCUGAAUUUUCCUGAUUAUACUGUAAUGACUCAACUCAACUGAAGAAAUUGUGAUAACAUUGGAGGGCUUCAAUGCUCAAUUUACCUAUAGCAGAUUGGAGAUACACACACACACACACACACACACACACACAUAUAUAUAUAAUGCAUUGUUUAUGGACAUUAACUUUAUUUUCAAAAAUAAUUGCUAUACACAAUCUCAGCAAAAUAACCAGAUGAAGAAAUAUGUGAGGUGACCAAUUUCUAAAGCCACGAGUUGGGAAUCGGAACUUGAAGUGUUUCAGAA